AUGGAGACUCAAGUACCUGCACCCCCAUCCCAUGAUAAAGUCGCUCCUCGUCCUUACAAAUGUCCUUAUCCUCUAUGCGGUCGUGCUUUUAGCAGGCUCGAACACCAGACCCGUCACAUUCGCACUCAUACAGGCGAAAAACCCUUUGUCUGCACUUUUCCAUCUUGCGAGAAGCGUUUCUCUCGCUCCGACGAACUCACAAGGCAUUCUCGCAUUCACAACAACGACAAUUCCUUGUCUGGCGCAUCAAAUGCCAAAGGUAAAGCAAAGCAAAAGGCCGAUAUCAAUAUCAUAGAUGACCCCGCUGGCCCAGGCAUCAACCUACACUCCUUGUCUCGCUCAGACCCCCGCAUACAAGAAGGAACUUCUAUCAGAGUAAAGAAGAAGGCCCGAAGUAGAGCGAAUAGCGAUGACGAGGCUGAAUCAUAUGCCCGCCCCACUUCGCUAUCCUCUUAUGAGCCUUCUCACCCGAGACGCUCCCAGACUCAUGUCCCGAUUUCAUCAAACCCUUCUGCUUUCUCCGCUUUAUCCAGUCUAGCAAUGGACGAGCUUUACGCUCUCGAACGGGAAGAGGCUCUCCGUCGCGCAGAAUACGAAGCUCGUCACGCAGAAGCCCUUCGCCGUGCAGAAUACGAAGCCCGGAACGCCGAGGCAAUCUACUUCCGCGGACGCCCAAGUAAAAGUGCUUCCGCUUCCCCCGUUCACUCCACAAUAUCCCUCAAGGGCGCAGGCGCUGACGGCUAUUUUGGUGUAUCUAGCACUCGUGACUGGAACGAAGACGAAGACAUCAGAUCUUCCGACAAAUUCACCCGUGCAAAAAGAAGAAUAAGCGGCCCUGCUUGGCAAAUGACUCCUAUGCCACAAGACCCCCGCUCCGUCCCUGCACUUCCAUCAUUCCAUCCUGAAGCUCCGAAACCCCGGACCCUGACUGCCCCACUGCAUUCCCUCCAUCCCCCCGCUUAUCGUCAUCUCGUAACUCACGAAGAUUCUCCUUCUCCUUUGAGUUCAGAUUCCGACUCUCACAUCGCCGCACAACACCCACAACCUCGUGCAACAUAUCCUGGCCCUGCCGAGUUCUCCCCACCCUCGGGAAUCAAAGCAACAGAGUUCACCUUUACACCAUCCACAAGCCCAUUCCUCGGCCCGCUUCGCACACUAAAUCUGCAUUCAACAAAUCCAUCCAGGGCCCCAUCACCCAUCUCGUUACCGCCCGCGGAUGUGUCUAUCAGCCCUAUAGACGAACCUAGCCACACAUCACGCCAACGCUCUCGGCGUUCCAGCAUCGUCAGCAGUCCCCCAAACCGCGGUGGCUUUUUCCCAGCUUCCCGCAAACAAGGCUCAUUCGAAGGACCGAUACCCCACGUCCGCACAUACCCCGGCCAACUCUCUCUCGCCGCCCAAGCCUCUGAGCGCGGAUUACAUAACCUCCCAACGCCCCAACUUUCAAGUGGGCCUAGUAGUAGCGGGAGCAGCCCAAACAGCUCUACGUACCCACUAGUAGGGAAUGGGAUGUACACCUCCAAGCCCGUGUUCGACAGCAGUGCGAUCACGAUUAGCCCGUCCAAUUCCAGACCUGGUUCGCCUCACACGCACCCCAACCACCACCUCGCAUAUUCCGUACGCAUGGCGUUCGGAAUGACGCCCAUCCACCCUAGCCACCCACCCCGAAAUACAAGCUGGCCGAAUUCGCAUCAUUUGAAUAUGAAACCCAAAUCUCCUCCGAGUGUGUUUUCGUCGAGUUCGGUGCCGGCUUCGAGGAGUAAUUCGCCGCCUAUCACGUUGCCGCCUUUGAAUUUGGGUGGUGGCGAGGUUGAGAGGGAGAGUGAGGUGCUUCCGAUGGAUUUGGAUGAGGAUGAGAGUAGUAGUGAUGAGGAGGGGACAUUUAUGAGUACUGGUGCGAGGAGGGGGAAAGUUGAGCUUCCAGGUUUCAAGGAGUUUGAGGCUGCUACGAGGUCUGGGAGGUGA